AUUAAUUUUUCCAUAUUUAGAUCACAUUAAUCUGCUGGAUUAUAUAGCAAAGUUUCAUGUCUCUACUGCACAUGGUUACUGCAGAGUGUAACGCGUGGUUUCCCUCUGGAACGCUUGUAAAGGUCGCCAAACGUUGAAUGUUUUUAAUAGACAGGGGGAACAUCUUCCUGUUCAAUGUUACACGAUCUGAGUUCUGGGAAUCCUCACACUGAAUACUAAAUUGUGCAUCAAAUAAUGUUUUGUCAUGUCAUGUGUUCGGAAAACUAAAGUGACUUAAUUUGCUGGAUCAUGCUCCUAACAAAAAUUGAAACUCUGAUUAUGAUGGUUGCAGUAAUCAUAGUGAACGGAAAAAAAACACUACCGUCCCCGGAAUUUUAUAUAGAUGCAAAAAAUGGUGAGACAGGAAGAUACUUUGUUUCAUCGGGCAACUAUUUGUGUCAUUAUGGAGGAGCAGAUACGUUAGAUAAUAAGGGUUGGGCGUUUUCAGCGCAGUGUUUCAGUCAAAACAAAAACCGCCUGUCAAGGCGUGAAGAAGAAAGCAGGACGUAUCCAUAUUUUGAUUCGUCAGUCGGUGCCCCUCCAGGUUGUGUUCCUCUACCAGUCGUGAAAGACGGUGAGUGGGAGUGUCCUAAUAAUGUGUCUUCCCCCUCAGUCCCCGUGUACGAGUCCUGUCAUAUAGUCUGUAAUGGAAACUCAGUACAGACACGGGUUCUUGUCAAAGUGAGAUGCACAGAGAAGUUGGAGUGGGACAGGGUGUUGCCUUCUAAUGCUUGUAGCGUAGAAAAAAGUUCCGGUGAACAUCCAAGCCAAGACCCGGACAUUAUGAAAGUUUUACUAACAGUCGCCCUUGUGUUCGCUGUAGCCGUUCUAAUCUUACUUUCUGUUUUCCGAAAAUUUAAACGCCUUAUUUGCAAUAAUCUACAAAAUCUGCUCUGCAAUACAGUACCCCAAGACAACAACAUAGCACCGAACCCUGUAGACAUUGCUGGAAUGGAAGACGAAGAUCACAAGCAAAUCGUCGUGACGAAAAAUACGGCGAAAUGUAAAGUGUCUACAGGCAACAAUAAUGUCGAAAAGGAACAGAGCAACAGUAAUGUAGACCAAUGUAUAUGUUGCUCAAAUGGGACAUUGCAAACUAAAGAUCUCACGGAUAUUGAUAUUUCCCAAGAAACAACUUUUAACAAUCUAAAUAUAAGCAAUGCUAGAACAGGGGUAGAUGGUAUGAGAAAACCAAACAUUCCUCUUAAUAACGAUGUAGAUCAGUUAAAUGAAAACGUUGAACCUAAUCCAUCUCUUCCUUUAUCCCAGUUGUUGGCUUCAGAUGACAAAACUAAUGCUUUAGUCAUUUCGUCAAUGAAAACAGAUUUACGAAACGUGAAAGAGGAUAAAGCAUUCGAAGAGAGUUUUCUUCGGAGUCAAAACGAGCAUGCAGAAUCGUGUCCAACCAUUGCCGCCAUGUUAGAAGGAGCGGUAAACGAUAGCAUUCGUUUUGUUGACGACCUCUCUACUUUGCUGGACCCGGAUAAUCCUCGCAAUUGGCAGGGCCUGGCUCAGUCUUAUUUUAAUAUGUCAUUUAAUAAAAUCAAAGAAAUAAGACACAAAACAAAAGACCAUUUCAAGGAGGCUCUCUUGCCUUUGUUGAGUUCCCAUGGAUAUAGAAUAUUUGACUUGACUUAUUAUUUUUACAAGCUGCCGUCACGGCGUAUUGACAUCAUAGAGUGCAUCCAGCGUUAUCACCCGUAUUGUCGGGAUUGUGGAGAAAUCUACAGCCAUGUGAAGUCAAGAAAAGAAAAAUACUAGUAUUACUAUAGAACAAUAGCUGGCUUUUUUAAGGUCUUCUGUUUCCAACGGAAGACCUUAUAGUGACUGUAGUGUUUUUUGUUUCUUUGUUUUUCCUUUUUUUUUCUCCUUUUUUUUUUGUCGGCAGAAUUUUUCAGAGAUGCCUUGAUAGAUUUCUCUGAAAUUUUCAGGGAUGAUUGAGAAUGAUAAUAUCUCGAGGCGUUUUUUUCAUUUUUUUUUUUAAAUUAGUUCCGGUGUUAUAUAGUGCCUUUUCCUCCUAGCCACCUUUCCCCCCAGGAAAAAUAGCUAUAUAGCAGUCCCCCCCCCCCCGGAAAAAUGGCUAUAUAGCAGUUUUCCCCCACGGAAAGCUGACUAUAUAGUGGGCUUUCCCCCCUUUUUUAUAUCCAGAAUACCCCCACCGAAAACCUUCUAUAUAGUGGAAUUUUCCACAUUUUUACUUUCCGGUCAUGUGUAUCGCGGACCAUUUGUGACAACAAUUUGCAAUAACUGAUAUGAUAUUAAUUUCUCAUAAAAAAAGGAUAAUUAUGGCAUUUAUUAAUACAUAGAAUAAAUACAUGGUUUUUCAACCCAAAAUAUAAACUAAGGCACGCGCCUUCAUAACAUUAAUGCGUCAUCAUCGUUUAUUUCACCAUUUCAUAUAUCUUUUUGAAACACCUUUUACACGGAUUACGGAAUACCUCGAAUCUUUUUCAUCUAAUCGAUGCUUAUCUACAGUUUUGACUUCGGCGUUAUGAACACAUGAGAACACAUUUGAGUGAAAAUACGCCGGUUUGGAACUUUUAUUUUCCCAUGUAUUACCAUCUAUGUUUAAGCUUCUCCCAGGAAACUAACUGACCAAUCUUGACUUAAUUUUGUGGAGGAAGGGAAUAAAAAGUAGAAAUGUAUUACCCCCUUCGUCCAAAAGGCUUAUUUUAAAUUAAUACCGUUAGAAUUGACGAUCUUAAAAACAAU